GGAUCUCGUGUGCUACCUGUUCUUAAUCAAUUCUCUUUCAAGUUUCAACACCAUGUUUGCUUCACUUUCCUCUCAAGCUAAUUAAGAUAUCCAACAUGACCUCUUUCACAUAAUAAAUGCCCAAAUUCCUAUUCAGACCAAACUCAUAUCUAUCAACCUUCAAAGCCCUGUCUUCUCCCUUCCUCCAUAGGAAGAAAAAACCAUUACUAUACCUAUCAAGAAACCAUGAGAUCCAAAACCCAAUUCACAUGUACUCUCAAGCUAGCCCUUAUCGCCCUCGUUUCUCUCAUCCUCUUCAUCUUGCUAAUCCGUUCAACUUCAUCCCCAUUUUCCCAGCAACAACUGACCAACUCAAAGAUAACAACAAUUUCAAGUUCAGCAGAACAACAACCGCCACAGCAACCCACAACAAUUUCAACAGAAACCGCCACAACAGCAGCAUGCCCAUCACUCCCCUUAACCCCCACAUGCACCAAAGCGCCACCAUCCUUAACCAAUGCUCUAAUCCACUACGCCACCACCAACAUCACCCCACAACAAACCUUCAACGAAAUAUCAGUCUCCGCAAGAAUCCUCCAGAAGAAAUCUCCCUGCAACUUCCUCGUAUUCGGCCUCGGCCUCGACAGCCUAAUGUGGACGGCGCUCAACCACGGCGGCCGAACCGUCUUCCUCGAGGAAGACAAGUCCUGGAUCGACCAAAUCCAGCAGAAACUACCCACCUUAGAAUCCUACCAUGUAAUGUACGACACCAAGGUUUACCAAUCCGAUGAACUCAUGAACACUGGAAUGGAACAUGAUUGCAAAACUGUGUCGGACCCGAGAUUCUCCCAGUGCAGGUUAGCGCACAAGGGGUUUCCAGCUGAUGUUUACGAUGUGGAUUGGGAUGUGAUCAUGGUGGAUGCGCCGACGGGGUACUUUGACGAUGCUCCGGGGAGGAUGAGCGCGAUUUACACGGCGGGGUUGAUGGCGAGGAACAGAGAGCAUGGUGAAACUGAUGUGUUUGUUCAUGAUGUUGAUAGGAAAGUGGAAGAUGAAUUCUCGAAGGCGUUUCUUUGUGAAGGGUAUUUGAGGGAACAAGAAGGGAGGAUCAGGCACUUUGUGGUUCCAAGCCAUAGGACUCGUGUGGGGAUACCCUUUUGUCCUUUGAGUUGAGAAGCAUGAUGAUUUGCUUGCUUGCUCUGCUUUCUAAAGUUUGAAAUCAUCGAUUUUUAUAGACUAUGGACUAUGGAGGAAACUAGAUUUGCCAGCAUUCUUCUUCUCAUGUAUCUGGUUCUAUUUUUUAUUUUACCCGCGCGUUGCACGGGCAAUAUGUCUAUUGUAUUUGAUACAUCAAUCAAUACCUUGAUUAUUAAAAAAUUAAUAAACAACAAAUGAAAUAGAA